UGCGUCCUCCGGAACAGGGGGAUGUGUUGACAUUUCAGCAGUGUGUCUUUGAAUGGUUACCGACACCGGAAAGUAGUGGACGUAAACCAGUAAAAGUAUUUGGGGACCGCAGACUUAUGUAUUUUGUCUGUGAAGGUUUUUUUCCAGCGGGAGACAAAACAUUGAAGCCGUGUAGCGUGGAGGUGAGUCAUAAUGGCCCAGUGGAUACCAGAUGAGGUCCUGAUGAAUACUGCACUGAUUAAAGACUUGGCGGAUGUGGCAAAAGAUGCAGCGCUUCUGCAGGGUGUCCUAAUGAGAAUCCAUGAGGCCUCAAACUCCUCUGAGCUGGUGACUUACGCUCCAUUCACACUCUUCCCCACGGCAGUACCAAAGGCUGUGUUCCAACAGGCUCUGGCAGUGCAGAUUCACUACAACACGCUGGUGGACAAGAUCAGCCAGGAUCCAGACUUUCUAAAAGAGGCUCUAGCUAGCACCAUUGCAGUGGAUGAUUUCACUGCGAGGUUGUUCAGGAUCCACCAACAGAUCCUGGAAGAAGGAAGGUCUCAGUCUGUUGUGUUGGGUCUCAAUCGGUCCGACUACAUGCUGGACCAGAGAGAGGACGGGACGUCGUCUCUGAAGCAGAUAGAGAUCAACACCAUCGCUGCCAGUUUUGGUGGUCUCUCAUCGCGCACGCCAGAUGUACACCGACAGAUCCUGAGGCUGGCCGGACGGAUGCAGGAGAGUCAGUGCAUCCUAGACAACAACCCUGCGGCAGGUCUGGCUGUGGCGGUUGCAAAAGCCUGGGACCUUUAUGGAUCACAAGGGGCAGUCGUCAUGUUCCUGGUGGAAGGCGAACAAAGGAACAUCUUGGAUCAGCGAUAUGUUGAGAAAGAACUGUGGAAGAGAAACAUUCCCACAAUAAGAAGGCGCUUUGACGACGUUUAUGAAACAGGACGCCUCGAUCAGGACAAGAGGCUCUUUGUUGGUGGCCAAGAGGUUGCAGUGGUGUACUUCAGGGACGGCUAUAUGCCACAGAACUAUGCUUCUGAACAGGCCUGGGAUGCUCGUCUUCUGAUGGAGCGCUCCCUGGCUGUGAAGUGUCCAGAUAUCGGUACCCACCUGGCCGGAACCAAGAAAGUCCAGCAGGUACUUACAAGACCUGGAGUUCUGGAGAAGUUCUUCCCCGAGCAGCCUGAAGCAGUGGAGCAGAUCAGAGCAACGUUCGCUGGCCUCUACAAUCUAGACAUGGGCCCAGAGGGUGACAAAACAGUAGCAAUGGCUUUGGCAGCACCAGAUCGAUUUGUCCUGAAGCCUCAGCGAGAAGGAGGAGGUAACAACAUUUAUGGAUCUGAGAUCUGCCAGGUCCUGGAGGCAGUGAAGGGGAGCACAGAGAGGAUGGCCUACAUUCUGAUGGAUAAGAUCCAUCCCACCCCAGUGCAGAACUACCUGCUGAGACGAGAUGCUCCCCUCAAAAUCAGUAACUGUCUCAGUGAGCUGGGAGUGUUUGGAGCCUAUGUCCGGCGGGGUAAAGACAUGGUGAUGAAUGAGUGCGUGGGUCAUCUGCUGAGGACCAAGAGUUCAGAACACUCGGAUGGAGGCGUAGCAGCAGGAGUGGCGGUGCUGGACAAUCCUCUCCUCAUCUGAGAAAAUGCACUCCUGCUAGGUGGGCUGUCAGCAGAACACAUGGAAAACGGUGAUAUCGCGGCUGCACUUUGGGGAUCACACUGUAACUUUGUCUGCUACAGCGUGAAACAGAGGCUGAUCAGGUGUGUGGCCCGGGUGUUUGUUGCUCCCGUCUAGCUGAUGCCAGCAUCACCAGCUCCAAAAGGAUUUAUGAAGACCAUGUUUGCUAUUGGUGUAUGACAAAAUGAAAUGCUACUUUCAAAUACACCCCGAAGCAAAUUAUAACACUUAAAUUCAAUGCAGUUGAGCAGACGAUGCAUUAGGUCAUGGUGACAUGCUUUAACAGCCACCACAGCUGAGAGGUGAAGCCAGUUCUGUGCGUUUCGAGUGACUGGCGCCUGCCAGAUGCUGAUUCCAUGAUGCUAUUUUAAUACACUUUUAUACAAGAAAUACAGCUGAAGUGUGUGGGGGAAACAACUCCGCAAAUGAUAGUACAGUUAGAAUGAUGCGCUAUACUGGUCAGACUGUUGUCCCCACCCACCCAUACACUGGACACUAAGCUUAUACUAAAGGAGAAGAUCAGUCAUUUUUUAUAUUAACAGCAUUUUCAACACUCCCUGUAGAGAGACUAAAACUAAUGAAUGAACUAAUUCUACUCACUGUUAAUAUCCGCCAGUCCUGGAUUAGUUUAUUCGUCUUGGAUGUCCACUGCUGUUCAAAAAAGAUUAAAAACACACCAGGGAAACACACCGCUGCAUUUAGUGACAUGUUUCCUCACUACAAAGCACAAGACCCUGAUAUUUGUUAAGAAUAUCCAGAUAUCUCAUGUACUGGCCCAUCGCUCUUGCUUAUGUCAAAUGCUGUCACAAGUUAUGGCAGUUCGGAGCCUUUGGAGCAGCAUUUAAAAAAAAAAAAAUGCAAGUUUGGUGUUUUGUAAUGAGGAAGCAUGUCAACCAGUGGUGUGGUGUGUUUCAGGACAAAACAGAGCCAUUCUAAUCUGUAGAUCAUUUGUAACUCAUCACACACUAAUUCUGACCUCCAUGAUGCAUUCUGUGAUUGAUACUGAAAUCAUGACUUAAGAUAUGAUGAUGGAGAAUUAAAAACCAAGUGUCAGAAACCUGUGGACCAAAAGCCACUGCCCCAUGUGUUCAC